UUCGCUUUCUGUUUGUAAAUUUUCCCACAACCCCAACACCCCCAACGCCCCCGUCGCUCUCGCAGAAGCAAAAGCCACUCCCAUGCACCAUGCAUGAAGAGACUCAGACGAUCCAUCAAAACCCUACUCACCAACGGUCUCUUCUCACAAGCCCUCAAAGCCUCAACCGUCUCUCUUCCCAACCCGCACCUUACAGACCAAACCUACGCCCUCUUCAUCAAGUCCGGCCACUCCCUCGACCCCUUCCUCUCCACCACUCUCAUCUCCCACUUGUCCAAGCUCGGAGAUUUCUCUCGCGCUACCAAAUUUCUUUUUGACACCCAGAAACCCGAUAAUGUCGCCUUCAACGCCCUCAUUUCUGGAUUCGUCCGGUUUCGCCGACCCGGGCCCGUUUUCGAGCUCUUUCACACGUUAAGGCAUAUGGGUCUGAGACCUGAUGUGUUUACUUUGAGCUCUUUGGUGAAAGCGUGUGAGAGUUUGGAGGAAAACGAAGCUGCCCAUGGGGUUUGUUUGAGAAUGGGAUUUGGGUCGGCUGCGUAUUUGGUGAGUGGAUUUGUUGAGAAUUAUGCGAGAGCUGGGGAUGUUGAAAAGGCUGAGAAGUGUUUUGGGGAGUGUUUGGAAGUGGACAAUGUGGUUUGGACGGCAAUGGUUUGUGGGUAUGUGUGGAAUGGGGAAUUUGAGAGGAGUAAGGAGGUUUUUGUGGAGAUGAGGGGUUUGGGUAUGGAGCUAAAUGAGUUUUGCUUCACUGGGGUGCUUGGUGCAUUGUUUGAUGUCAGAGAGGGGGAACAGGUUCAUGGGAUUGGUGUUAAGAUGGGUUUGUUAUGUAGUGGAUCGAUCCAUUUGAAUAAUGCAAUUAUGAGCAUGUAUUGUAAGCGUGGGAAUAAGGUGGCUGCUGUUAGGGUGUUUGAUGAAAUUGCUGACCCAGAUGUUGUAUCUUGGACUGAGCGAAUUGGAGCUGCUUGUGAUGGUGUGGAGGCUUUUGAAUUGUUUAAAUUUUUGCAUUCUGGAGAUUUGGAGAUGAAUGAAUAUACAAUGAUCAAUGUUUUGUCUGCCAUUGCUGGCCCUAGGCUGUUAAGUUCUGGCAGGCAAGUCCAAGCACUUUGUCAAAAGGUGGGGUUUUUGCAGGUGAUUUGUGUUAGCAAUGCAUUGGUAUCAAUGUAUGGGAAGUGGGGUCGAAUGGAUGAUGCUAGGCGCAUUUUUGAUGAUAUGCUUUGUCGAGAUUCUGUUUCUUGGAAUUCUCUGAUUGCUGGGUCCUCUGAGAAUGGAUUUUGUGGUCAGGCUCUUGAGUUGCUCUCUAAGAUGCGUGAUCUUUCAAUACAGCCAAAUGAAUAUACUCUGGCUAGCAUUCUGGAAGUGGCUGCCAGCUCAUAUUCUGUAAAGCAAGUGAUGCAAGUCCAUUCACAUAUGAUUAAAUGUGGCUUCAUGUUGGAUGAUUCUAUGGUGUCUUGCUUGAUAACAACAUAUGGGAAAUGCGGCGGGGUUGAUGAAUCAAAAGAGGUAUUCUCUAAGAUUGAUAAGAUCAAUGUGGUGCACCUCAAUGCAAUGGCUACUACCUUUGUUAACACCGGGUGUCAUGCCGAUGCUCUAACAUUGUUCCACACCUCAAGAAGCUCAUACCUUGAGGUGGACAGUAUAAUUUUCAGUAUUGUCCUUAAAGCUUGCGGUAUUAUGACCGAUUUGGUACACGGAAGAGUAAUCCACUCCCUGUGUCUUAAAUUUGGAGUUGAUCAGGAUAGUUUCGUUGAAAGCACUAUUAUUGACAUGUACUGUAAGUGUGGAAGCAUAGGUGAUGCAGAGAAGGCUUUCAGGGUUAUAUCUAAAGACAAUUUGGCUGCUUGGAAUGCUAUGAUAAUGGGAUAUGCUCAACAUGGUUGUUUUCAUGAAGUUUCCGAGAUUUUUGAUAAGAUGUGCAAAUUUGGAGUAGAACCUGAUGAGAUUACUUUUCUUGGAGUUCUUACUUCAUGCUGUCAUGCAGGGCUGGUGAGAGAAGCAUGGGCUUACUUAAACUCUAUGUUUCAACGUCAUGGAAUAAUCCCGCAUUUAGAACACUAUGCCUGCAUGGUUGACCUGCUUGGUCGAGUUGGACUCCUAGAAGAUGCAAUGAGGACAAUAGAUCAAAUGCCUAUUCACCCUGAUGCUCAUAUAUGGCAGAUUCUUCUAUCAGCCUGCAACGUCCAUGGAAAUGUUGCUCUGGGGAAUUUCGCAGCCAAAAAACUUCUUGAGCUGCAGCCUGGAAAUGAAUCUGCCUAUAUUCUUCUGUCAAACCUCUAUGCUUCUGCUCGUAUGUGGAAUGCUGUUGGGAAAUUGAGGAAGGAAAUGAAAGAAAAUGUAAUUCGCAAAGAACCUGGUUAUAGUUGGAUUCAAAUUGGAGGAUCCAUGCAUUACCUUUUUGCUGGCGACACAUCACAUCCUGAGAGUAAAGAAAUAUAUACGGAGCUAAUGAGGCUGUAUGAGCAUAUACUAGUGUCACCAGGACUGGAACAAAAUGAUGUUUUUCGAAUGGAAAUAUUAGCUAUGAAGUAGAGGAAUUCAAGUUUGAUUUUUACCUCAAUUAACUAUGGGGUUUCUGUGUUUCCAGAACUCAUCAACUUUUGUACCUGUCAAAUCUAAUCAGGUUGGUGUAUGAAAUCCACUCGAUAGUAUGUUACAUUCGGUAUCAGAAAAUUCCUCUGGCUAGCAAAGGGAGGCACAAGUCUGAAAAUGCCAUAAAUUAGGCUGUGCAGCUGAGCAUUCAAGGUCUCGCUCCUAGGUUUUCCUGCAGGAGUGUUGGCGAUCUGAAGAGGCUUUAGAGAGCACAGAGACUAUCGAAUGGAAUGCAUGUGCUGCUAUCCUUGACUUUAUCUGCCCCCUUUUUGGAAGAGGCAUUUUGUCCCCCAAACUUUUGGUGAUUGCAGUAGCGGGAGCAUUACUGACCCUGUUGCUCAUUGUGUAAACAAAGGCGAUUUCUCCUUCUUCCUUGAAGAUAUUCUUGUUUGAUAAAUUUUGGGUAUGAUCCAAUUUGCAUUGGUGAUGAGUUUAUAUAGCACAACAUCUACCCACUAUAAUACCAGUGUCUGGGGGUGAUUUGAUCUGGGUGAAUGAAGCUAGAAACAGCCUUUGCAGACUGGUGGGGGUUGGGGUGCAUGCCAGCGAGAUUGUCUGGCUGUCCAAGAUUCCUUUCAACUCAGCUCGAGACAACCUGAAAUCAUAGUAGGAUGGUUUUGAGCACGAUGGUUUUGAGCACGAUGGUUUUGAGCCGGUCUCAUCAUAAACACGUGUGGGUUCAAGACAUAUCAAGAAGCUCCCUUGUUGACCUUGGGGCUGGUUUCUGGAUUUCUUUAGUCAAUAAGGGAGAUCUCAUUGGAAAUGUCAAGCACACUCGUGCAUUGGGAUGAUGAUGAUGCUGACGGUUGUGAUGACCAUUAUACUCUUUAAAAUUUCCCCACGUAGUUCUUUUGUUAUGGAAAGUUGCAUAAAAUUUGCGUGUUUUUUGCUCAUUUCACUCUGGAAACCAAUACUACUGCUAGAAUUGAA